UCACGCACACAAACGCACACACACGCACACACUGAACAAUCAUCAGAAAAGCAAAUGCCAUCUACUACAUAGCGUGUAAAUCCAAGCAACUAAUGACAGUUUCCAUCAAAUAUUUAUCAGCCUGUCUUUUGGGAUGAUGGCGACGAUGAAGAAGCGCUGCUGAAGCUGCAUAAAGCAUGUGACCAGUGUCAUGGAAUAUAAUGAAAGACUUGCUCGUUUUCGUCAGGGUCAUGUCAACCCAUUUGACAGGAGAGAGAUCGACAGCAGCACUGAGGGGAAGGAUCCUCCAAAAGAUGAGGUAAGGUCGGAGAUCUUUUCCUCAGAAUCCAAAACUCAAAGUUCAGACCGACCAAUGGAUCUGGGCUUGGCUGAAGACCAUUUCUCUCGACCUGCGGGUUCGUUUGUGGCAUCCGAUGUAGAGCAGCUGAAACAGGCCAUAGCAGAGUGCAAGAGACUGAUCCUGGAACUGCCAGAACAUUCAGAGAAACAGAAGGACACAGUCAUCAAAUUGAUCCAUCUUCGGCUCAAACUACAGGAAUUAAAGGACCCAGAGGAAGAUGAGCCGAACCUGCAGGUUCUGUUAGAGCAUCGAUUCUCAAAGGAGAAGAGCAAGAGUGUCAAACAGAUGUGUGACAAAUGUAGCACUAUCAUAUGGGGCCUCAUUCAGACCUGGUACACCUGCACAGGUUGUUAUUACCGCUGUCAUAGCAAGUGUAUGCAUCUUAUCAACAAACCAUGUGUGAGGUCAAAGGUCAGCCAUCAGUCUGAGUAUGAAGUCAGCAUCUGUCCUGAAGUUGGUUUAGACAAACAGGACUACAGAUGUGCUGAGUGUCGGACACCCAUCUCUCUACGGGGUGUUCCUAAUGAGGCACGGCAGUGUGAUUAUACAGGUCAGUAUUACUGCAGCAGCUGCCACUGGAACAACACAGCCAUUAUUCCGUCUAGAGUCAUACACAACUGGGAGUUUGAGCCCCGUCAGGUGUGUCGUACAUCAAUGCGCUAUCUUGCUUUGAUGAUAACCAGGCCUGUGCUCAAACUGAAGGAAAUCAACCCUCUUCUCUUUAACUUUGUGGAGGAGCUGGUGGAAAUCAGAAAAUUACGUCAGGAUAUAUUGCUAAUGAAGCCAUAUUUCAUCACCUGUAAGGAGGCCAUGGAGGCCCGACUCCUGUUGCAUCUUCAAGAUCGUCAGCACUUUGUGGAGAAUGACGACAUGUACAGCCUACAGGAUCUGAUUGACACAUCCAGCGGGCGUCUCAGCUGUUCCCUUACUGAAAUUCACACAACUUUUGCCAAACAUAUUAAACUGGACUGUGAGAAAUGCCAGGCCAAAGGCUUCAUGUGUGAAUUGUGUAAAGAGGGUGACAUUCUCUUCCCAUUCGACAACCACACCUCCGUCUGUAAUGACUGUUUUGCUGUUUUCCACAGUCUGAAAAAAGAAGAGCAUAUAACAUUAAAACAACACAAGGGGAUUGUUACUAUGAUAACUCGACCACAUGUCCGCGCUGUGCAAGAAUGCUGGAAUGGCAACAUGAGGAGUCCCAGAACCUGUAGAUGAACCUGACAGAUGGAUGAAUCACAAAUACUGUCAAAGAUCUUCAGAGUCAGAACUUGUCUUAUAUUCAGUUUAUUUGUUCUUGAUGUUUUACCCAUGCUUCUGUUAGCUUCUGAACUGACAUUGAUGAAGUGUGAUCAGGAUAGAAGGAAAACCUCACAUUUUGAAUAUAUAAAUAUAGAACUUCUGGUUACUGUUAUAUAUCUUCAGUCCAAAGAGAAAUCAUCUUUGACAAACUUUAACAAUGGCAUGUUCCUCUUAAGAAUGUGACCGUGAGAUCAAUUUGAUUUCUUUCUAUAUGUAAUCCUGGGUAGCAUGCUUUUUAAGGGACCAGGAAAAAAUACUACAAAGCUAUACUAUGUUCUGCUUUACAUUUAUAACCCUGUUAUACACUGUGGUUUAAUGCAGUAGAUAAUAUGCUGAUAAUUGGUUCUAUGAUAAUUAAUGAUCUAAAACAAAUUCUGUGCAACUAUUUCUGGUUUAAGAUUAUCUCAGAAUGGAAUCUUCUGUAAUGCAGUUACCUGGUGUAAAAUUGUAUCCUAUUAAAUGACAAAAUGCUA